AUGGCUCCUCGACACCGUGGCAAGCCUGCUCGUGGUUCGCGAUGCCUUUGCUGGUGCAUGGCCCUCAUGCUCGCCCCGGCAUUCGUGGUGCCGGGGCCCGGGCCUUCCGUGGCACCCCGGCGCCUGGCGCGGCGUGCGGAGGUGGCCACAAGCCCCUCGAAGCAGUCCCUGGAAACGAGCCCCGAGGCCGCCCGUGCCACACUGGCCGAGUCCGCCCUGACCCGCGAGACAUCUCCCGAAGACGUCUUCGAGGCAAUUCGCGUGCUCGAGAAAGCGAAGAAUCGGACAGGUGAUUCCGGCUUCACGAAAUUCUUGACUGGCGACUGGCGCCUGAUCUACACCACUGGCACCAAGAAGACAGAAGACGAGAUUGGCCGGGUCAACUAUGUGCCCAUCACGGCGGUGCAGCGUUUCGAUAUGGAGAAGAAGUUCAUCCGGAAUGGAGUCUACCUUGGCCCGAUCAGCCUCGAGUUCGAGGGUGGCUUCCGAUGGAUUGAAGACAUGCGACGGCUCGAGUUUGACUUCGAGGAGCUCAAGGUCUGUGGUUACUCCCUUGACCUGCCAGACUGGCUGCGCGGCAUGGCUGGGAUGAAGAGCUCCAAGCCCUACAAAAAGCAGCCGGCCUUCAACUUUGUGGCCAUCGUUCCUUGGACAUGA